GAAUGGAGACCCACUGUGAUGCAACACUGGAUGGAGCUCAGUGUUAUGGAGCUCUGGGAGGAACUGUCUCUCUCCAGCUGAUGACCAUUGACAGUAAAGCCCCUGACAUAUUAUUAAAAACCAACUCCACUGGUUUUACUAGAAAUAUACUCCAAAUUAGAAACAAAACUUAUAAAAAAGUAAAAAUCGACAAAUCCAUUGAAACCAGAGCACACUUCUUUUUCAACAACGGAACAUUUAGGAUAGAUAACACAGAAAGAAGUGAUUCUGCUGAAUAUAGACUAGAAACAUUUAAUUCAGAUGGGAAAACAUUAGGGACCAGAGGACUACAGCUGUUUAUUGAAGGUACAGUAAUUAGCUAACCCUUUAAAAAUCUCAUCUUGACAAAUCCUUAUUACUAACUAUAAGUUGACUACAGUAGCUUCUGUGGCCUUCUACUUCUAGAAGAAGUGUUGUUUUCUAAUGUGUUUAUGCGAAUGUCUGCAAAUGUCUACAGAUGCCUAUUCUUCUUCCUCCACAGCCCCAGUGUCCUCUCCUCAGCUGUCCUCUCAGUGUCUGACCCAUGGAGAGAUGAGGGUGACCUGCUCCUCUGAGGGGGAUGGUCCUCAGUAUAGCUGGACUCUGGAUGGACACACACAGAGAGACACUGAGGCCUCUCCUGGUGACGAGACAAACACCAUCACACUGAAGAAAGGCCUGUCUGGAGAUCUCACUUGUACCGUCAAAAACAAAAUCAACAGUGUCACUGUGAGCAAAAUCAUCUCCCCCUGUGAGGGUAAGCUACUGUUUAAUUACAUUUGUUAAAGAGACAUAUCAUGUAAAAUAAUAUCAUUGAUUAACGAUAAUUAUGAUGAUGAUUAUAAUGAUGAUGAAUCUUUAUCAAUGGACUUUGACCUGUUUAGAAAGCACUAUCCAUUUUCCAGUAUUACAUUCAGAUAUAUAUACGAUUUCUGUUUAUUUGAUUACUUGCAGGGCUUAUGUAUGUUAACUGCACUUCCAAUGGGACAAAGAUAUCAGAGUGGGUGAUUGCCGCUGGUAAUACCCUGUGUAUUGACCCUACAGUAGUGGCACACACAACUGUGACAAAGGCCUCCACCAGUAAAACAGAGACAACCAACGGCAAGGGGUUUGAAACCAUAGUGACCUCCACUCUAAAUCGUCCCACUCUAAAUCUUUGUCAUACUUCUGACUUAUUAUAAUUCCUUGGAAUGCUAUUUUUCGUUCUUUUUUUUUUUACUCCAGCCACUUUAAUGGGAUUUCCUCAACAUUCUAAAAGGCCCAUUGUGACAUCAUGACUUCCAAAAUUCUAUUCUAUUCACUCUAAACUAUAAUAAUAAUAAGCCAUUUAGCAGACGCUUUUAUCCAAAGCGACUUACAGUCAUGUGUUCAUACAUUUUUACGUAUAGGUGGUCCCGGGGACCGAACCCACUACCCUGGCGUUACAAGCACCAUGAUCUACCAAUUGAGCUACAGAGGACAACAAUAUAACUUUUGACGUAAAUCAGCUACUUUAAACACUUUCCCAACAACUUAGACAAUAAACUUAGAAAUCUAAUGAAAUCUAAGUUUGUUUCUGUGCCUUUCAAAUUUGAAAUCAGAACAGAGUUAUCUUCUGCCGAUCAAAUGAUACAGCUGUUUUGGAAACCGCAUCAGCUACAUUUCCUUUCAGCUUUUACAAGCAACUUACAUUUUGACCACUUAUCCAUCAAGGUAAAAUAAAAAUCUGAGCAUAUCACAGCUCAGUCUACUUCUCUGCUAUUCAAAUCUGAAAUCAGAACAUAAUGAUCUUCUACCGAUCAAAUGAUACAGCUGUUAUAGUAAUCACAUAAACUACAUGUUCUGUCAACUUUUACAAACAAGAAACAUUUUGACCACUUUCCCGACAGGUUAGCCAAAAACUUAGAGGGUAUGACAUCUUAAUCUACUUCUCUGCUUUUCAAAUCUAAAAUCAGAACACUUUUUCCACUACCACAAAUAUACAUUUAAAGAGCUAAAGGAAGUCCCACAAUUUAAUGUCUAGUUAUCAAUAUUAUCAUUAAUACUAAUGAUGGAUUUCAUGACCUUUUAUGUAGUAACAGUGGUGGCAAUGAAACAACCUUCAUGCUACAAUGAAACAACCUUCAUGCUUAUAUGUUGUUCUGUCUCUGUUUCCUCUCUUUUACCCAGACAUCAUAGGGAUCGUAACAGGGUCUCUGACAGGCAUAGUCCUUGUCCUAGUGAUGGUGUUGGCAGUUUACUGUGUCCAGAAGAAAAAUAAACCUCCAAAGACUCCAGGUUAGAGGAUAUUUAGCUGUAGCUCUUCAAUUUUCUCAAGUACUACAAUUGUCCAUGUCAGUCUUGCCAGUGAAAUAUUAAGAGGAAAUCUGACUCACUCUUGGUCUAGCUCUCCCUCUCUUGCUGUCUCUCUCUCUCUCUCUCUCUCUCUCUCUCUCUCUCUCUCUCUCUCUCUCUCUCUCUCUCUCUCUCUCUCUCUCUCUCUCUCUCUCUCUCUCUCUCUCUCUCUCUCUCUCUCUCUCUCUCUCUCUCUCUCUCUCUCUCUCUACACAGUUAAUGUUAACAGUCAGGAUGUGGAAUACGCUGAUGUCAGGACACUGAAGAAUCAGAUGAGACAGCAGGAAAGAAAAGUGGAGUACGGACAUUUGAAAGUGGCGGGGGGUCCCCUGCAGCCAAUGGAGGUGGACUAUGGACAGAUUGAAAUAUUAGAGGGUCUCCGGAAGGUAGACACACCUGAAGAGGAGGACUGUGUGUACGCCAGGGUACGGAAAGGCCAGUGAGAUAGGUACUGUCUAGAUUCAAUAUGAUAGAAGGAGGUUGAUUUGGAGGAAUGUACAAUGCAGUUUCCAUCUGCCUAUGGGCAUAUCAUCCCUAACUGGUAUUGCAUAUCUUACAAAUUUCGUCCCAUUAUGACUACAUUCAGGUUUUCAAAGAUGGUCAUUACUUUAUUUGCAAUAUGUACACCAAGUCUUAAAGAACAACCAAGUGAAAUCAUGAAUCAAAAAUAUACUAAUCUGUUGCUGUCAUGACAUAGAGCAAUACUCUGCAAACUAAGUGCAAGUGGGAAUCUGAACAUGGGGAGAACAUUGAAAAUGAUCUUGGGAGGCAAUACUCCUACCAUUAUCAAUGGAAAAUCACCAGUAGGUACUUUCUAACUCCAGACACAAUGGUGAAGAUAAGAAAAGAAACAACCAGUGAAUACUGGAGAAAAUGUGGGGAAUUGUUCGCAAACUACCUACAUAUUUUUGGAUUUUGUUCUAGAAUAAUUAACUUCUGGAAUUAUGUUUUUGACUUUGCAAACAAUGUAUUUAAAUGCUCCCUGGCAAAGGACGCAAAAAGUAAUCCCUGAACGGUUUCGAAAUGACUAUCUAUUGAAUAUACUAUUGUCUGCAGCAAAUAAAUGUAUUACAGCACAUUGGUUAAAUAAGGACAUUCAUACUAUGGAAGAGUGGAAUUGUAGAGUGAAAGAAAUGUAUUUAAUGGAAAAUAAAAUUGCAAACAGAUAUAUGUGAAAAAAAGAUGGGAACCGCUCCUUGUAAAUAACAUUUUGUAGACAUAAGACCAAUUAGUCUCGAAGCAACCAAAUAUAUGAUAAAUGUGAUGACUUAUUUUUCCUUUUAUUUUUUCUAAUUUUAUUUACUUUCGGUGCUUACAGUGCCUUCAGAAAGUAUUCGCACCCCUCGACUUUUUCCACAUUUUGUUGUUACAGCCUGAAUUUAACAUGGAUUAAAUUGAGAUUUUGUGUCACUGGCCAACACACAAUACCCAAUAAUGUCAAAGUGGAAUUAAGUUUUAGAAAUGUUUACAAAUUAAUGACAAAUUUGCUUAUCAAGUCACAUAAUAAGUUGCAUGAACUAAGUCUGUGAGCAAUAACAGAGUUUAACAUAAUUUUUUUAUGAUUACCUCAUCAAUGUACCCCAAACAUACAAUUAUCUGCAUGGGUCCCUCAGUCGAGCAGUGAAUUUCACACACAGAUUAAAUCACAAAGACCAGGGAUGUUUUCCAAUGCCUCGCAAAGAAGGGCAGCUAUUGGUAGAUAGUAAAAAAAACAAACAGACAUUGAAUAUCCUUUUGAGCAUGUUGAAGUUAUUAAUUACACUUUGGAUGGUGUAUCACUACACCCAGUCACUACAAAUAUACAGGUGUCCUUCCUAACUCAGUUAACAGAGAGGAAGGAAACUACUCAGGGAUUUUACCAUGAGAGCAAUGGUGACUUUAAAACAGUUAAGGAGUUUAAUGGCUGUGAUAGGAGUAAACUGAGGAUGGCUCAACAACAUUGUAGUUACUCCACAAUACUAACCUACAUGACAGUGAAAAGAAAGAAGCCUGUACAGAACACAACUAUUCCAAAACAUGCAUCCUGUUUGCAAUAAGGCACUAUAGUAAAACAGCAAAACAAGUGGCAAAGAAAUUAACUUUAUAUCCUGAAUACAAAGUGUUAUGUUUGGGGCAAAUCCAACACAACACAUCACUGAGUACAGCUCUUAAUAUUUUCAAGCAUGGUUGGUGGCUGCAUCAUGUCAUGGGUACGUUUGUCAACGGCAAGGAUUAGGAAGUUUUUUUUUUAGGAUAAGAAUUAACGGAAUAGAGCUAAGCACAGGCAAAUUCGUAGAGAAAAACCUGGUUCUGUCUGCUUUCCAACAUAAACUGGGAGACAAAUUCACCUUUCAGCAGGACAAUAACCUAAAACACAAGGCCAAAUAUACACUGCAGUUGCUUUAUAAGAAUGUUCCUGAGUGGCCUAGUUACUGUUUUAACUUAAAUUGGAUUGAAAAUCUACGGCAACACUUGAAAAGGCUGUCUAGCAAUGAUCAACAACCACCUUUACAGAGCUUGAAGAAUUUUUAAAUUUUAAAAUAAUAAUGUGCAAAUAUUAUCCAAUCCAGGUGUGCAAAGCUCUUAGAGACUUAAUCAGAAAGACUCACAGCUGUAAUCACUGCCAAAGGUGAUUCUAACAUGUAUUGACAGGGGUGUGACUACAGGAGUGUGAAUAAUAAAUUAAAUAUUUCUGUAUUGCAUUUUCAAAAAUGUGCAACAAUUUCUAAAAACAUAUAUUGGGGUAGAUGAGUGAGAGAGAAAAAAACAUGAUUUAAUGUAUUUUGAAUUCAGGCUGUAACACAACAAAGUGUGGAAUAAGUCAAGGGGUAUGAAUACUUUCUGAAGGCGCUGUAAUUGUAUAGUUAUCUGCUUUGUUGUAUACCUGUUUGUAUCUCAGAAGACCAUAACCUUAAUAAUAAUAAUAAUAAUCAUCAUUUACAGUACCUGUACAGCAAAUAACUGAAUAUUCUAUUUUUAGCGAUUGUUAUUAAUCUUUUGAACAAGUUUAAUAAUAAGUUUAUGUUGUAAAACAAUUCUGAGAUACAUUGCCAUAUCUUUUCACGGCAUCAGAAUAUAUUUUUUUCUUCCCCUGAACCUUUCAACAUCUCUGGUUUUUUUUUUUUGGGGGGGGGGUUAAAGUUGCUGAUGUAUUUCCUGUUUGAGUCACAUGAUUUCCAUAUUUGGUUAGCUCCUCUGAUUAACUUAAAGUAAAGCUUAUAUAAUUUCACCAUAUGUCAGUCUCAAUCAAAAUAAAUUAAGCUAAAAUAACAAAUUGAGAAGAGGAUGUUGAGAAAUAAAGAUAAUGAUGUUGCUAACAAAGUGUUGAUGACAUAAUGUAAUGUUGAGUAAUAUGCAGUGGAAUCACUUGUCAUGCUUCAUUGUGAAUGCCGCUGUGUGAUGGGAAAUUGCAAUUUGAAAAUACAAUCCUGUUUUUUAAAAACAAGCAAAAGUUGUGCCUGUCUUCUCUGAUACUACAAUAAUGAGCAGUAAUAAACACAGUCCAUAUAAAAUCGAAUGUUAUUGGUUGCAUACGGUUGGAUUCUAGCUAGAAAUAUACUUAUUAAUGUUAUCAUACUAUCACUUAUUAAUUACUUUACAUGUAUAAGGACUGUAUAUGUUGGGGUCAAUUAAGGGUUGAUAGGAAUUUGGUGUGUGUAAAGUUAUUGAGUGAGACAAGGGCAAGCGCAGAAAGUUCAUAUUCUGUUUCUAAGGAGGGAGGCAAAGGGCAACAGUCUAGUUUCAGUUCUUGAUAAGGCAUGCCAGCUGUGGAACUAGGGAGGAGUGAGGAAUUUGGCUCGAGGUCAAGUCAACAGAUGAAGUGAGAAGAAACCUCUGGGAGGGGGGCCAGAGGGGCCCACCACAACGACUCUCCUACUACAGUCCUAUCUCACACACAUACAUUUCCAUGCCCACGAAGGUUCUAGCACCAGGCAGGGCCAUGACUACACCAGUGAGAGGAUCAAUUAAGUUCCUGCCUAGCAACAGAAAUGUAUUGGCAGUCGAGUAGGACGUUAUAAAUAUAUGUGCUUGUCCAAUCAUGCUUUGUAUUUGAAACUGUAUGACACACUAGGCGAAUAAACAUGGUUUUAGCUAUUCCUAGUUGUCCGUUUCAAUUUUUACUCUGUUUGUUCAGAACCUAACAAUACACAUAUUUAGUAGAUGUUAUUGCGGGUGUAGCAAAAUGCUUGUGUUCCUAACUCCAACAGUGCAGUAAUAUCUAACAAUACAAAACAAUACACACAAAUCUAAAAAGUAAAAAAAUUGAAUUAAGAAAUAUUGAAAUAUUAGGAUAAACAUUGGCGGAGUCAGUAUAAAUAUAUAUACACUGAACAAAAAUAUAAAUGCAACAUGUAAAGUGUUGGUCCCAUGUUUCAUGAGCGGAAAUAAAAAAUCCCAGGCAUUAUACAUACAGUACACAUAAAAAACGUAUUUUUCUCAAAUGUUGUGCAUAAAUUUGUUUACAUUGCUGUUAGUGAGCAUUUCUCCUUUGCCAAGAUAAUCCAUCCACCUGAGAGGUGGGCAUAUCAAGAAGCUGAUUAAACAGCAUUAUCAUUACACAGGUUCACCCUGUGCUGGGGACAAUAAAAGGCCACGUUAAAAUUUGCAGUUUUGUCACACAACAGAAUGCUACAGAUGUCUCAAGCUUUGAGGGAGCAUGCAAUUGGCAUGCUGACUGCAGGAAUGUCCACCAGACCUGUUGACAGAGAAUUGAAUGUUCAUUUCUCUACAAUAAGCUGCCUCCACCGUUGUUUGAAGGAUUUUUGCAGUAUGUCCAACCGGCCUCACAACCGCAGACCACGUGUAACCACGCCAGCCUAGGACCUCCACAUCUGACUUCUUCACCUGCAGGAUCAUCUGAGGGAGGGCGGGUGGGGUGCUGAGGAGAAUUUAUUUCUGUAAUAAAGCUCUUUUUUGGGGAAAAACUCAUUCUGAUUGGCUGGGUCUGGCUCCCCAGUGGGUGCACCCCUGGCCAGUAAUGUGAAAUAAAUAGAUUAGGGCCUAAUGAAUUUAUUUAAAUUGUAUCUAAACACUACCAGUCAAAAGUUUUAGAACACCUACUCAUUCAAGUUAAUUUUUUAUUUUUGCUAUUUUCUACAUUGUAGAAUAAUAUUGAAGACAUCAAAACUAUGAAAUAACACAUAUGGAAUCAUGUAGUAACCCAAAAAGUGUUAAACAAAUAUUUUAUAUUUGAGAUUCUUCAAAUAGCCACCCUUUGCCUUGAUGACAGCUUUGCACACUCUUGGCAUUCUCUCAACCAACUUCACCUGGAAUGUUUUUCCAACAGUCUUGAAGGACUUCCCACAUAUGCUGAACACUUGUUGGCUGCUUUUCCUUCACUCUGCGGUCCGACUCAUCCCAAACCAUCUCAAUUGGGUUGAGGUCGGGGGAUUGUGGAGGCCAGGUCAUCUGAUGCAGCAACAGUUGAAAAACAAAUGAUAGUCCCACUAAGCCCAAACCAGAUGGGAUGGCAUAUCACUGCAGAAUGCUGUGGUAGCCAUGCUGGUUAAGUGUGCCUUGAAUUCUAAAUAAAUCACAGACAGCGUCACCAGCAAAGCACCCCCACAUGAUAACACCUUCUCCUCCAUGCUUUACAGUGGGAAAUACACAUGUGGAGAUCAUCAGUUCAACCACACCGCAUCUCACAAAGCCACGGUAGUUGGAAUAAAAAAUCUCCAAUUUGGACUCCAGUCCAAAGGACAUAUUUCCACUGGUCAUUUUGUUAAGUUACAGCUUAUUCUAAAAUGUAUUACAUUGUUUUUUCCCUCCUCAAUAUGCACACAAUACUCCAUAAUGACAAAGCAAAAACAGGUUUUUAGAUAUUUUUGCAAAUGUAUGUAUUAAUAUUUAUACAAAACGGAAAUAUCACAUUUACAUAAGUAUUCAGACACUUUGCUCUGUACUUUGUUGAAGCACCUUUGGCAGUGAUUUUUUGAGUCUUCUUGGGUAUGACACUACAAGCUUGGCACACCUGUGUUUGAGGAGUUUCGCUCUUUCUUCUCUGCAGAUCCUCUGAAGUUCUGUCAGGUCGGAUGGGGAACGUUGCUACACAGCUAUUUUCAGGUCUCUCCAGAGAUUGUCAAUAGGGUUCAAGUCCGGGCUCUGGCUGGGCCAAUCAAGGACAUUCAGAGACUUUUCCCGAAACCACUCCAACAUUGUCUUGUCUGUGUGCUUAAGGUCAUUGUACUGUUGGAAGGUGAACCAUUGCCCCAGUCUGAGGUCCUGAGUGCUCUGGAGCAGGCUUUCAUCAAGUAUCUCUCUGUACUUUGCUUAAUUCAUCUUUCCAUCAAUCAUGACGAGUCACCCAGUCCCUGCUGCUGAAAAAAAUCAACACAGCAUGCUGCUGCCACCACCUUGUUUCACCGUAGGGAUGGUGCCAGGUUUCCUCCAGACUUAACGCUUGGCAUUCAAGCCAAAGAGUUCAAUCUUGGUUUAUCAGACCAGAGAAUCUUGUUUCUCAUGGUCUGAGAGUCCUUUAGGUGCCUUUUGGCAAAUCGAAGCGGGCUGUCAUGUGCCUUUUACUGAGGACUGGCUUCUGUCUGGCCACUCUACCAUAAAGGCUUGAUUGGUGGAGUGCUGCAGAGAUGGUUGUCCUUCUGGAAGGUUCUCCCAUCUCCACAGAGGAACUCUGGAGCUCUGUCAGAGUGACCAUCGGGUUCUUGGUCACCUCCCUGACCAUGGCCCUUCUCCUUCGAUUGUUCAGUUUGAGCGGGCAGCCAGCUCUUGGAAGAGUCUUGGUGGUUCCAAACUUCUUCCAUUUAAGAAUGAUGGAGGCCACUGUGUUCUGGGGGACCUUCAAUGCUGCUGAAAUGUUUUUGUACCCUUCCCCAGAUCUGUUCCGCGACACAAUCCUGUCUCAGAGCUCUACGGCCAAUUCCGUCGACCUCAAGGCUUGGUGUUUGCUCUGACAUGCACUGUCAACUGUUGGCCCUUAUAUAGACACGUGUGUACCAUUCCAAAUCAUGUCCAAUCAAUUGAAUUUACCACAGGUGGACUCCAAUCACGUUGUAGAAACAUCUCAAGAAUGAUCAAUGGAAACAGGAUGCACCUGAGCUCAAUUUCUAGUCUCAUAGCAAAGUGUCUGAAUACUUAUGUAAAUAAGGUAUUUCGGUGUUUUAUUUUUUAUACAUUUGCAAAAAAAAUUCUAAAAACCUGUUUUUGCUUUUCCAUGAUGGGGUAUUUUGUAUCGAUUGAUGAGGGGGAAAAGAAUAUGUACUUUUUUUUUAGAAUAAGGCUGUAACGUCACAAAAUAUGGAAAAGUGAAGGCGUCUGAAUACUUUCUUAAUGCACUGUAAGUGAAUUUGUCCAAAUACUUUUGGUUCCCUAAAAUGGAGGGACUAUGUACAAAAAGUGCUGUAAUUUCUAAAUGAUUCACCCGAUAUGGACGUACUGUAAAUACCCUCACAUUAGAGCUGUCAGUCUGCACUUUAACUUCAUAGUCAUUGUAUCAUUUCAAAUCCUAAGUGCUGUCCAAAUACUUUUUGACCUCACUGUAUGUCAACUGCACCUUAUCCAAUGAGAUAAAUAUAUCAGUAGGUAAAUGCAGCUGACAAUACAGGGUGUUGAGGCUGGAACAGCCAGUAGGCCCACGUUGAAAAAUGACAUCAACAAUCAAACCAUCAACCAGGAAAUCACCUCAUGUGAAUGUAUGUUUAAUGUUGUCAUUUUCACAGAUUAUAUUAAUUUUCUGUUCAUUCGUCUUCCCUUUUUUGAACAGGGCCAGGGGUAAAUGUGAUUGUUCAUUUCCAACUUCUUGAAGUCUUCAUUCUGCUGACAGUCUGUCUGGGAUCAUACUGGUUUUACAAGAAGAAAACCCGUUCUCAAGCACAAAAUCGGUAACCGUGCAUUGUACCUUUUUAAUUAAGGUCUACGUUUCUCAUUUUAUUCUGUUUAAUGCUUGCUCUCUCUCUCUCUCUCUCUCUCUCUCUCUCUCUCUCUCUCUCUCUCUCUCUCUCUCUCUCUCUCUCCAGAUGAUGGUCACAGUGUGGAUCACAGUGGGAUUACAUUAUGACAUAACUGCUAAUGAUGAUGUAAUACUGCUUACAGUUGAACAUAUUUGAUAUCGUUAUUUUAACCUUUAAUUAAGCUUUAAUUAUCAUUUAGAAUUGUAAAUGAUUGUACAUUGCAUUGCAGUGUUUUGUUUUAUGCCACUUGUGAUAUAGUGCAGUCAUAGAAAUGUAUGAGAUUGGGAAGGCUUUUUAAAAGAGGACCUGUAACAUAAAGACACUUCCCUUCUUCUUGUCACUGUUGAACCUUUAGAAAUGUUCUAAAAUAAUCAUUACUGACACUGUGAAAUGAAAGUGAAUUUGUUUAAACACUUCCUUUCCUGUAGAACAUAGCUACCUACAAACACCAUACAUAGCUAGAGUGAAUAUUUUUUUUAUACACAGUGGAAACCCACAUUGUGAGUCAAUGGUUGCAGGCUUUAAAUUAAUACAGAUCUUAAUAUUAAUAAGGGUUUUGUUGUGUAAGUCUAGUUUCAGUUCUUGACAAGGCAUGCCAGUUGCGGAACUAGGGAGGAGCGAGGAAUUAGGCUCGAUGUCAAGUCAUCAGAUGAAGUGAGAAGAAACCACUGGGAGGGGGGCCAGAGGGAACCACCACAACGACUCUCCUACUACAGUCCUAUCUCACACACAUACAUUUCCACACCCACAAAGGUUCUAGCACCAGGCAGGGCCAUGACUACACCAGUGAGAGGAUCAAUUAAGUUCCUGCCUAGCAACAGAGAUGUGUUGGCUGUCAAGUAGGACGUUAUAAAUAUAUGUGCUUGUCCAAUCAUGCUUUGUUUUUGCAACUGUAUGACCCACUGGGUAAAGAAACAUGGUUUUAGCUAUUCCUAGUUGUAUGUUUCAGUUUUUACUCUGUUUGUUCAGAACCUAACAAUACACACAUUUAGCAGAUGUUAUUGCGGGUGUAGCAAAAUGCUUGUGUUCCUAACUCCAACAGUGCAGUAAUAUCUAACAAUACAAAACAAUACACACAAAUCUAAAAAGUAAAAAAAUGGAAUUAAGAAAUAUUGAAAUAUUAGGAUGAACAUUGACAUAGUAUGGAGUAUAAAUAUAUAUACACUGAACAAAAAUAUAAACGCAACAUGUAAAGUGUUGGUCCCAUGCUUCAUGAGCGGAAAAUAAAAAAUCCCAGACAUUUUACAUAUGUCAAAAAGCUUAUUUUUCUCAAAUGUUGUGCAUAAAUUCGUUAACAUCACUGUUAGUGAGCAUUUCUCCUUUGCCAAGAUAAUCCACCUGACAGGUGUGGCAUAUCAAGAAGCUGAUUAAAGAGCAUGAUAAUUACACAGGUUCACCUUGUGCUGGGGACAAUAAAAGGCCACGUUAAAAUGUGCAGUUUUGUCAUACAACAGAAUGCUACAGAUGUCUCAAGCUUUGAGGGAGCGUGCAAUUGGCAUGCUGACUGCAGGAAUGUCCACCAGACCUGUUGACAGAGAAUUGAAUGUUCAUUUCUCUACAAUAAGCUGCCUCCACCGUUGUUUGAAGGAUUUUUGCAGUAUGUCCAACCGGCCUCACAUCCGCAGACCACGUGUAACCACGCCAGCCUAGGACCUCCACAUCUGACUUCUUCACCUGCAGGAUCAUCUGAGGGAGGGUGGGUGGGGUGCUGAGGAGAAUUUAUUUCUGUAAUAAAGCUCUUUUUUGGGGAAAAACUCAUUCUGAUUGGCUGGGUCUGGCUCCCCAGUGGGUGCACCCCUGGCCAGUAAUGUGAAAUAAAUAGAUUAGGGCCUAAUGAAUUUAUUUAAAUUGUAUCUAAACACUACCGGUCAAAAGUUUUAGAACACCUACUCAUUCAAGUUAAUUUUUUAUUUUUGCUAUUUUCUACAUUGUAGAAUAAUAUUGAAGACAUCAAAACUAUGAAAUAACACAUAUGGAAUCAUGUAGUAACCCAAAAAGUGUUAAACAAAUAUUUUAUAUUUGAGAUUCUUCAAAUAGCCACCCUUUGCCUUGAUGACAGCUUUGCACACUCUUGGCAUUCUCUCAACCAACUUCAACUGGAAUGUUUUUCCAACAGUCUUGAAGGACUUCCCACAUAUGCUGAACACUUGUUGGCUGAUUUUCCUUCACUCUGCGGUCCGACUCAUCCCAAACCAUCUCAAUUGGGUUGAGGUCGGGGGAUUGUGGAGGCCAGGUCAUCUGAUGCAGCAACAGUUGAAAAACAAAUGAUAGUCCCACUAAGCCCAAACCAGAUGGGAUGGCAUAUCACUGCAGAAUGCUGUGGUAGCCAUGCUGGUUAAGUGUGCCUUGAAUUCUAAAUAAAUCACAGACAGCGUCACCAGCAAAGCACCCCCACAUGAUAACACCUUCUCCUCCAUGCUUUACAGUGGGAAAUACACAUGUGGAGAUCAUCAGUUCAACCACACCGCAUCUCACAAAGCCACGGUAGUUGGAAUAAAAAAUCUCCAAUUUGGACUCCAGUCCAAAGGACAUAUUUCCACUGGUCAUUUUGUUAAGUUACAGCUUAUUCUAAAAUGUAUUACAUUGUUUUUUCCCUCCUCAAUAUACACACAAUACUCCAUAAUGACAAAGCAAAAACAGGUUUUUAGAUAUUUUUGCAAAUGUAUAUAUUAAUGUUUAUACAAAACGGAAAUAUCACAUUUACAUAAGUAUUCAGACACUUUACUCUGUACUUUGUUGAAGCACCUUUGGCAGUGAUUACAGCCUUGAGUCUUCUUGGGUAUGACGCUACAAGCUUGGCACACCUGUGUGUGAGGAGUUUCGCUAUUUCUUCUCUGCAGAUCCUCUGAAGUUCUGUCAGGUCGGAUGGGGAACGUUGCUACACAGCUAUUUUCAGGUCUCUCCAGAGAUUGUCGAUAGGGUUCAAGUCCUGGCUCUGGCUGGGCCAAUCAAGGACAUUCAGAGACUUUUCCCGAAAACACUCCAACAAUGUCUUGGCUGUGUGCUUAAUGAGUGCUCUGGAGCAGGUUUUCAUCAAUGAUCUCUCUGUACUCUGCUCCGUUCAUCUUUCCAUUAAUCAUGACGAGUCUCCCAGUCCCUGCUGCUGAAAAACAUCAACACAGCAUGCUGCUGCCACCACCUUGCUUCACCGUAGGGAUGGGCCAGGUUUCCUCCAGACUUAACGCUUGGCAUUAAGGCCAAAGAGUUCAAUCUUGGUUUCAUCAGACCAGAGAAUCUUGUUUCUCAUGGUCUGAGAGUCCUUUAGGUGCCUUUUGGCAAACUCGAAGCGGGUUGUCAUGUGCCUUUUACUGAGGACUGGCUUCUGUCUGGCCACUCUACCUUAAUGGUCUGAUUGGUGGAGUUUUGCAGAGAUGGUUGUCCUUCUGGAAGGUUCUCCCAACUCCACAGAGGAACUCUGGAGCUCUGUCAGAGUGACCAUUGGGUCCUUGGUCACCUCCCUGACCAAGGCCCUUCUCCCCCGAUUGUUCAGUUUGGUCGGGCGGCCAGGUUUCGGAAGAGUCUUUGUGGUUCCAAACUUCUUCCAUUUAAGAAUGAUGGAGGCCUCUGUGUUCUGGGGGACCUUCAAUGCUGCUGAAAUGUUUUUGUACCCUUCCCCAGAUCUGUGCCACGACACAAUCCUGUCUCAGAGCUCUACGGCCAAUUCCGUCGACCUCAUGGCUUGGUGUUUGCUCUGACUUGCACUGUCAACUGUUGGCCCUUAUAUAGACACGUGUGUGCCGUUCCAAAUCAUGUCUGAAAACAUUCUUAAUGCACUGUAAGUGAAUUUGUCCAAAUACUUUUGGUUCCCUAAAAUGGAGGGACUAUGUACAAAAGGUGCUGUAAUUUCUAAACGAUUCACCCGAUAUGGACGUAAAUACCCUCACAUUAAAGCUGUCAGUCUGCACUUUAACCUCAUAGUCAUUGUAUCAUUUCAAAUCCUAAAUGCUGUCCAAAUACUUUGACCUCACUGUAUGUCAACUGCACCUUAUCCAACAAGAUAAAUAUAUCAGUAGGUAUAGUUGAUGUCGGAAGUUUACAUACACUUAAGUUGGAGUCAUUAAAACUCGUUUUUCAACCACUCCACAAAUUUCUAGUUAACAAACUAUAGUUUUGGCAAGUCGGUUAGGACAUUUACUUUGUGCAUGACACAAGUAUUUUUUCCAACAAUUGUUUACAGACAGAUUAUUUCACUUAUAAUUCACUGUAUCACAAAUCCAGUGGGUCAGACGUUUACAUACGCUAAAUUGACUGUGUCUUUAAACAGCUUGGAAAAUUCCAGAAAAUUAUGUCAUGGCUUUAGAAGCUUCUGAUAGGCUAAUUGACAUAAUUUGAGUCAAUUUGAGAUGUUCCUGUGGAUGUAUUUCCUGGCCUACCUUCAAACUCAGUGCCUCUUUGCUUGACAUCAUGGGAAAAUCAAAAGAAAUCAGCCAAGACCUCAGAAAAUCCAGGCUCUGUCGUAGCCGGCCGCGACCGGGAGACCCAUGGGGCGGCGCACAAUUGGCGCAGCGUUGUCCAGGGUAGGGGAGGGAAUGGCUGGCAGGGAUGUAGCUCAGUUGGUAGAGCAUGGCGUUUGCAACGCCAGGGUUGUGGGUUCAUCCUUGGGAGCAAUUUCCAAACGCCUGAAGGUACCACGUUCAUCUGUAUAAACAACAGUACGCAAGUAUAAACACCAUGGGACCACGCAGCCAUCAUACCGCUCAGGAAGGAAACGCUUUCUAUCUCCUAGAGAUGAACAUACUUUGGUGCGAAAAGUGCAAAUCAAUCCCAGAACAACAGCAAAGGAUCUUGUGAAGAUGCUGGAGGAAAAAGGUACAAAAGUAUCUAUAUCCACAGUAAAACGAGUCCUAUAUCGACAUAACCUGAAAGACCGCUCAGAAAGGAAGAAGCCACUGCUCCAAAACCGCCAUAAAAAAGCCAGACUACGGUUUGCAACUGCACAUGGGGAGAAAGAUCGUACUUUUUGGAGAAAUGUCCUCUGGUCUGAUGAAACAAAAAUAGAACUGUUUGGCCAUAAUAACCAUCGUUAUGUUUGGAGGAAAAAGGGGGUUGCUUUCAUCAUGCUGUGGUGGUGCUUUGCUGCAUGAGGGACUGGUGCACUUCACAAAAUAGAUGGCAUCAUGAGGAAGUAAAAAUUAUGUGGAUAUAUUGAAGCAACAUCUCAAGACAUCAGUCAGGAUGUUAAAUCUUGGUCGCAAAUGGGUCUUCCAAAUGGACAAUGACCCCAAGCAUACUUCCAAAGUUGUGGCAAAAUGGCUUAAGGACAACAAAGUCAAGGUAUUGGAGUGGCCAUCACAAAGUCCUGACCUCAAGCCUAUAGAACAUUUGUGGGCAGAACUGAAAAACCGUGUGCGAGCGAGCAAGGAGGCCUACAAACCUGACUCAGUUACACCAGCUCUGUCAGGAGGAAGCUUGUGGAAGAAUUUAAAGGCAAUGCUACCAAAUACUAAUUGAGUGUAUGUAAACAUCUGACCCCCUGGGAAUGUGAUGAAAGAAAUAAAAGCUGAAAUAAAUCAUUCUCUCUACUAAUAUUCUGACAUUUCACAUUCUUAAAAUAAAGUGGUGAUCCUAACUGACCUAAGACAGUGAAACUUUACUAGGAUUAAAUGUCAGGAAUGGUGAAAAACUGAGUUUAAAUGUAUUUGGCUAAGGUGUAUGUAAACUUCCGACUUCAACUGUAAAUGCAGCUGACAAUACACUGUGUGUUGAGGCUAGAACAGCCAGUAGGCCCACGUUGAAAAAUGACAUCAACAAUCAAACCAUCAACCAGGAAAUCACCUCAUGUGAAUGUAUGUUUAAUGUUGUCAUUUUCACAGAUUUUAUUAAUUUGCUGUUCAUUUGUCUCCCCCUUUUUUAACAGGGCCAGGGGUAAAUGUGUUUGUUCAUUUCCAACUUCUUGAAGUCUUCAUUCUACUGACAUUCUGUCUGGGAUCAUACUGGUUUUACAAGAAGAAAACCCAUUCUCAAGCACAAGAUCAGUAACCGUGGUUGAAAAACGAGUUUUAAUGACUUUAAGUGUAUGAAAACUUCCGACUUCAACUGUGCAUUUGGAUUGUACCUCCAACUUACCACUAAAAUCAGUAAUAAACAAUAUUUAUUUUCAAAGUAAGUUUGUUCAAUGAUUGCUUGUAAAAUGAUCAGUUUGGUCACAAAGUGAAUAAGUGAAAUUAUGAAAGAGGUUCAGUUGAGAAAGUUGUCAUUUUCUUAAAAACUGCCCUUUUUCUCUCUUUGCAGAAUUGGAGACCUCCUGUGAUGCUAUAAAGGAUGGAGCUCAGUGUUAUGGAGCUCUGGGAGAAACUGUCUAUCUCCAGAUGAUCAUCAACGCCAAUGGACAUGAGCUUGAAUUCAAGAACAACAACACAGGUACAAAAGUUUUCAAAUUAGAAAACGGCAAAGUACAGUGAAAAACCAUAUCAGCAAUGUUACCAUCACUCUAUAUAAAGACUGGGCCAACUCUUAGUUUCUCAUGCAUUGCUUGAUCAAUAGGCAAGCGCAAAGUCAGCAAAAGUCAGAAUUGUGAUGGAUACAUAUUUUUGUCUCAAUCCUCAGGCAUGGAGACCUACUGUAAUGCUACACUGGAGCUCCAUGUUACAGAACUCUGGGAGGAACUUUCCUUGUCCAUCUGAAAACUAGUCCCAGGGAACAUAAACUGAUGGAGGAUAAAUUGAGGGAAGAUAGACUUUGGGAAGAUAAAGAAAAUAGACUGAGGCCAGAUACAUUGAGGGAAUUACGCACAACAGAAUGAGGGAAGAUCAAGAAAAUAGAUUCAGACAAAAUAGAUUGAGGGAAGAUAAAUUCAGGGAAGAUAAGAGGGAAUCUAUAAAAAUAUUCACAUUAAAUUCUCUAGUCUAAGAUGUUGAGGGGGACAUAAACUGACAUAUGGAAUUGUUUUAAGAUGGUCAUACCAUGGAUCAUUUAGCUAUUUGAUUUAGAAUUUUAGGACCCCUUUAGGUAUAACAAAUAUAUACAAAAAAUGUUUGAUCAAUAUUACCAAAUCUCACAUUGAAUAAAACAUUAAGAAAUGGCAAAAAAUAAAGUCAAAAAAUCAAUCAUAAGGAAUACAUUUUUGAAGUGUCCUAUAUAUCUAGGAGAUAUAAGAAAGCUCAGGAAAUAUUUUUGUUGUUUUGACACAUAUUUAACCCCUUGUUUUGGGUAGGCACAAAACUACCUCCAUACUUCCAUCCAUUUUUAAAACCGGUACCGGUUACCUUCAGACGAGUCCCGUGACAUUUGUGGGGGUCGUAGAGCAAAACGGAGAACAACGUCGUGUUCGUUAUUGACUUCGGACGUGUUUGUGAGAGUCUCAUCUUUCCUUAGAGUGGUCAUAUUAGUUUUGUAGGCCAAACCGUUCAGACGGUACAGCCGGUUUUCGUGAGAAGACCGAUUUUCUGGAUGUCUCAUGGUCUGACAAACACCGCUGUAGCUCGGCCACCUUCCACUGCAGAUGUGGAAGGCCGACAUUGGCAGAUGUGGUGGAUUGAGAUGCUGCCCAUGCACAAAAACAGAUAUCUCUAACUUAAACUUAUGGAUUUUGAUGUUUUUUUUUUUUUAUGUUACUUAAAUUGACUCAAAUGUGUGUCAAUAGACUCUAGGGGGGUUUAAAUGACCUCACAUGUGAUUAAGAUAUAUUGACUAAAACAAUUUCCCAAAGACAGCCUGAAUCACUUUUUUCUAAAUCUUUUGGAUCUUUUAAAUCAGGAUUAUCUAUGGUUAAUGUUAAGAUAACAACUGCAAGUGAUUGCCGAAUAUCUUCCACUCAAAAUCUGAAAGGUCAAGGGCAAGAGAAAUACAACUACUCAUUCAAGGUACAUUGUUAAAAUGCAGAAGUAGAUUCUACAGAAUUUGGUGGUUUAAGAACCUUUUGAAACAAAAAAAAAACACAGUUAACUAAGCUCCGUAUUUAGUCACCAUCAAUUUCCUGUCUUUACCCACUGUCUAUGAACUUCUUACAUAUUUAGCUAAAAGCAGUCUAUUCUUCUUCCUCCACCAGCCCCAGUGUCCUCUCCUCAGCUAUCCUCUGAGUGUCUGUCCCAUGGAGAGAUGAGGGUGUCCUGCUCCUCUGAGGGUGAUGCUCCCCAGUACAGCUGGACUCUGGACAGACAGAUGCUGAGAGACACUGAGGACUGUCCAUGUUACAAAAGAAGCACCAUCACUCUGAGGAAUGGCCUGCCUGGAGAUCUCACCUGUACCGUCAGAAACUACAUAUGCAGUGCUACCACCAGCAAGACAAUCUCACCUUGUCUGGGUAAGCUAUAGUCUGUUGUCAGUACUAUCUGCCUUUAUUUGGACACAUUAUGAAAAAGGAUUUGUAAUUAUAUUGAUCAUCAUCAUUGUCAUCGUCAUGAUUAUUAUCAUGAUUAUCAUCAUGUUUAUUAUAGGAAAAUAAUCAUUUCAGUUUUCCAGUUUAUAGUUUCUGUUAGUUUGAAUUGCUUACAGGCCUCAAAUACGAGCCAUGCACCACGCCAAAACCAGACUUGGUGAUCACCACUGGAAGACCACAUCAAGGCAAACAUGAAAAAGAGAUGAGGGUGUCCUGCACCUCUGAGGGGCAAGGCCCCACCAGUACAGCUGGACUCUUGACAGACAUCCACUGAGAGCGGCCUCUCCUAGUUACUACACAAACACAAACACCAUUACUCUGAAGAAAGGCCUGUCUGGAGAUCUCACCUGCACCGUAAGAAAUGACAUCAGUAGUUUUGCAAUCAGCAAGACAUAUCACCUUGUCCAGGUAAGCAUUACCCCCUGCACAAUGUCUGUUUGCUCCUCUACCGGAUGGAAACUACAAGUGUAAUGGCUGCGCUCAAUGCAAUGGCACUUUCAAUUGUAGAUCCUUCAAACACCCCCCAAAACAGGGAAACAGAUCCCAAUCAAAGGUGUUAUCACAUGCUCCUCUAAGGGAGUUAUUUAUCUUAUAACUUAUCCUUGUGGUAAAAAUGAUGUGGGUAAAACUAAGCGCGAAUUAGGUGCAAAAACUCGACGUACCCAGUUUCGGUCCACUUUUUGGAAGCAAACUACUCGAUUUCAUCCAUAUGUUAUACAGGCAUCGAACACGUCACCCUCCCUAGGGGAGGGGGUGACCUCAACAAUUUAUUGUUAAAACGAGAGGCUGCCUGGAUAAUUCAUUUAAAGACCCUUGCUCCCUUCGGUCUCAACGUAGACUUUCAUCUGAUGCCAUUCUUGUGAUUAUUGGGAUUUUCCUAUUCAUUGUACAUUUUUGUAGGCCUAUGUAGCCAAAUUGUAUCUAUGAUCGUAUGCUCUCCAUUUAUGUUUUUUAUAUGUUCUAUUUAGAUCUGUAAAUUAACCAAUGAUAUUAAGCCACACCCGGCCAUUAUUACAGACACCUGUGUGUGUCCUUUGACACUGUAUACAGUGGGGGAAAAAAAGUAUUUAGUCAGCCACCAAUUGUGCAAGUUCUCCCACUUAAAAAGAUGAAAGGCCUGUAAUUUUCAUCAAAGGUACACGUCAACUAUGGCAGACAAAUUGAGAAAAAAAAAUCCAAGAAAAUCACAUUGUAGGAUUUUUUAUGAAUCUAUUUGCAAAUUAUGGUGGAAAAUAAGUAUUUGGUCACCUACAAACAAGCAAGAUUUCUGGCUCUCACAGACCUGUAACUUCUUCUUUAAGAGGCUCCUCUGUCCUCCACUCGUUACCUGUAUUAAUGGCACCUGUUUGAACUUGUUAUCAGUAUAAAAGACACCUGUCCACAACCUCAAACAGUCACACUCCAAACUCCACUAUGGCCAAGACCAAAGAGCUGUCAAAGGACACCAGAAACAAAAUUGUAGAACUGCACCAGGCUGGGAAGACUGAAUCUGCAAUAGCUUGUUUUGAAGAAAUCAACUGUGGGAGCAAUUAUUAGGAAAUGGAAGACAUACAAGACCACUGAUAAUCUCCCUCGAUCUGGGGCUCCACGCAAGAUCUCACCCCGUGGGGUCAAAAUGAUCACAAGAUCAUCAGAACCACACGGGGGGACCUAGUGAAUGACCUGCAGAGAGCUGGGACCAAAGUAACAAAGCCUACCAUCAGUAACAUACUACGCCGCCAGGAACUCAAAUCCUGCAGUGCCAGACGUGUCCCCCUGCUUAAGCCAGUACAUGUCCAGGCCCAUCUGAAGUUUGCUAGAGUGCAUUUGGAUGAUCCAGAAGAGGAUUGGGAGAAUGUCAUAUGGUCAGAUGAAACCAAAAUAUAACUUUUUGGUAAAAACUCAACUCGUCGUGUUUGGAGGACAAAGAAUGCUGAGUUGCAUCCAAAGAACACCAUACCUACUGUGAAGCAUGGGGGUGGAAACAUCAUGCUUUGGGGCUGAUUUUCUGCAAAGGGACCAGGACGACUGAUCCGUGUAAAGGAAAGAAUGAAUGGGGCCAUGUAUCGUGAGAUUUUGAGUGAAAACCUCCUUCCAUCAGCAAGGGCAUUGAAGAUGAAACGUGGCUGGGUCUUUCAGCAUGACAAUGAUCCCAAACACACCGCCCGGGCAACGAAGGAGUGGCUUCGUAAGAAGCAUUUCAAGGUCCUGGAGUGGCCUAGCCAGUAUCCAGAUCUCAACCCCAUAGAAAAUCUUUGGAGGGAGUAGAAAGUCCGUGUUGCCCAGCGACAGCCCCAAAAUAUCACUGCUCUAGAGGAGAUCUGCAUGGAGGAAUGGGCCAAAAUACCAGCAACAGUGUGUGAAAACCUUGUGAAGACUUACAGAAAACGUUUGACCUGUGUCAUUGCCAACAAAGGGUAUAUAACAAAGUAUUAAGAAACUUUUGUUAUUGACCAAAUACUUAUUUUCCACCAUAAUUUGCAAAUAAAUUCAUAAAAAAUCCUACAAUGUGAUUUUCUGGAUUUAUUUUUUCUCCAUUUUGUCUGUCAUAGUUGACGUGUACCUAUGAUGAAAAUUACAGGCCUCUCUCAUCUUUUUAACUUGCACAAUUGGUGGCUGACUAAAAACUUUUUUUCCCCACUGUAAACUAGUGACCAGUGGAGUUUGUCAUUAUACCCUGAUGAAGACAGCUUGUCUGUCGAAACAUAGGUUAUUAGGUUAUUCAAUUAUUGCAUCUGAGCUCCUAGAGUGCGGCUCUCCUUUUCUUUUUCAAGCAUUACCCUUCUGUCAUAUUGUCAAUAGGCCUACUAUCUGUAUUAUAAUUUAUUUAGAAAAAAAUUAAUUAUAUUGAUGACAAUAAUGAUAACUGCCAUAAUCAUCAUGAUCUCAUCAUCAUCAUCCAAACAACAUGUUAUCAUCGGAAACUGACCUGUUUAGCAUACUGUAGAUGUUGUAAUUUGCCAGAUUUCAUCUCAGAUACUGUAUGAUUCCUUUUUUAUGUUUUUUAAUGGCUUACCGGCCUAAAAUACGAAACAUGCACCUUACCCAGUGGGAUAAAAAUAUCAGACUGGGUGAUCACCACUGGAAGACCACAUCAGCGAGCCAACCAUGCAAACCUCACAGAAAAAAAUCUCCUCAUGUACUGGUAGUUUCAUACAGCUAAUAGUUCUCUAUUUUCAUUCCUAGCUCCAGUGUCUUCUCCACAGCUGUCCUCUGAGUGUCUGUCCCAUGGAGAGAUGAGGAUGUCCUGCUCCUCUGAGGGUGACUAUCUCCAGUACAGCUGGACUCUGAACAGACAGACACUUAGAGAGAUUUAUUCUGGUCAUGAAACAAACACCAUCACUAUGAAGAAAGGCCUGUCUGGAGAUCUCACAUGCACCAUCAGAAACCACAUCAGAAGUGUUGCCAUCAGAAAGACAAUGUCACCGUGUCUAGUUAAGCUGUAGCCUUCUGUCAUACUGUCAUCACUAUUUGUAUUCUCAUUAAAUUAGACACAUUAUUUAAAACAUUAUGACCAUCAUUAUCGUUAUCAUCAGAAACCGACCUGUUUAGCAAAAAUCAUGUCAUAUAUAACAGUUUUCAUCUCAGAUGCUGAAUGAUUCCUGUUUUUCUUAUCAUUAUCAUGCACCUUGCCCAGUGGGACAAAUAUAUCAGACUGAAUGAUCACCACUGAAACACUACAUCAGCAAGGCAAUCAUGCAAACAUCUCAGAUGAAAUCUCUCUCAGUCGCUCAGUCCAGGGUACCAGUGGACUCAGAGGAGGCCAGGCUUUGAAAUACAGGAAGCUUAAUGUGUGUAAAUUGGCUUUUCAAUAUUGUUCUUCAUUGUAUUUCAAACAACUGUGUACUACUAACGGACACACUCUGUCUUAAUUCAUCAAAUAUUUGUUUUUUGUGUGUGCAUGUUUUCUGUCCAGAAUAGAGUACUGUAUUGAAACUAAUAAUUGCUUUUCCACCUAAAUAAAUACAUGUUCAGAUGACAAAUGCAACUGAAAGUAGGCUACUGUUGUUUGUCUGGUGGUAAACAUUCUAUUUAACUGACACAGUACAAUACUCAUUAUUGUAUUUCUGGUAUUUAGAGGAAGAUUGCCCUCUAGUGGCCUACAGAAAGUGGUCCAGUCUGUUAGUGCCGUGUAGCCAACUCAUCUCUGUGUUUGUUCAUUGUCAUGACAUAGAUAUAAUGUUUGGCUCAGUGUGGCUCAGUCGGUAGAGCAUGGUGCUUGCAACAUCUAGGUUGUGGGUUCAAUUCCCAAGGGGGACCAGUACUAAAACGUAUGCACUCACUCGCUCUGGAUAAGAGCAUCUGUUAAAUGACUAAAAUGUAAAUAACAUAUAAUAUGGGACCAGGCUAGCAUGUAGAGGCAUAAUCCCUCCUUUAGCAAUAGCAUCCAGAGGAACAUAUCUGACCUGCCACAACAUUUUCUGUGGCCCUUAUCAUUAAUUUAAGAGUUUUCCUUUCUUCAAAAUUGAUAUAUCCACCAAUUUUUCACGUGUAUUUUUUCAUCAGAAAUGAUUGCUUAUGGGUACCUUCAAGUGCGUGUAAAAUAUUACUCUUCUCAGAUUUUCUUAUUCAUAGAUUUCAUAAAAUAUUUUUGUUUUUUUGCAAAACGCUAUAUACUGUAUCCAUUGUUUAGCUGGAAUGGAAUCUUCGUAUCCUAUAUAUUUGACUGUGAUAUGUUGUCUCACCUAGCUAUCAUAAUAUGAAUACACUUACUGGAUUACUGUAAAUCACUCUGGAUAACAUAAUCUGCUAAAUGACAAAAAUGUAAAUGUUUUACAUACAAAUUUCAUAUUACUGUAUUUAAUAUUUGUUUAUAAUGUUUUUGUUUUUUUGAUGUCACAAAUGUAUAAUUUGUACAGUUCUUUAUUAAAAAUGUAUUCAUUCAAAUCAAAUCAAAUUUGUUUUUGUUGCAUUUGACUGUGUAAAACAUAGCAGUACUACUUAUUUCUCUGAGAGUGGAUAUUUAACAUUUUGCAAUAAAACAUGAUUAUUUGUCUCUGAAAUGAAACCAUCAAGUGAUUUAAACAUAUGUCUCUCAUUGAAAAACCCCAUGCAUGCCAUGAUUAGAUGGUGAAAAAACACACUAAUCUCUCUCAUAAGUUCUUUAAACAAUAAAAGCUCAUUUACCAACAUUUCUGAAAAUUUAUAUAUAGUAUUUUGGAAUUAAACGCUUCAUAACAUUUCAUAAACAAAAGGUCUGUUAAAAUACACUCACCUUGAAUUUCAAUGUAAAACAUUCACUCCCCACACGGCCUGUGUGGUGUAACAGUGUUUCUCAACCUUUCUUGCACCAUGGAUGGUCCUUCCUUCUGGGAGGAGUGCCUAUAUUAAAACUAGCACUUAACAACUGACUGAGUUUAUGUCAGAGAAACACUGUAAAAACGGCAUUGUGUUUCUCUAAAUAACCUAAAGUAUAUGGUUGAUCAUCCAGUAUGAGGUUGAUCACCCAGUCUGAUACAACGUUCUCACAGUGUAAAUCUGGUGUGACUAUUUAUUUUGUAUCACAUUUCCUCUUACAGCCCUAAUGCAAAUCUAGUCUCAAGAUCUCUUGUUCGCUUAGGUACAGCACAUAUUGUAUCUUAUGUAAUGCCUUAUUGUAUUUUAAAAUAUUUAUGCAUUGGUCUGUGAAAGGAAGAAGUGAGAUCAUGGGUGUGUUCAAACACUUAAUUUCCCAUCCCUGAAAUGAGACUAUCAUUUGCAUGUUUUAAUCAAACAGUCUAGUGACUUUCUGACAUAUUGUGGCAUGUAGAUUGUUGUUUGGGUUUGGGACUUCAAUAGUGAAUCUACAGUUGCCACAUCAGCAGAUGGUCAUUGUAAAGGAAACAUGUUUAACAAUCAAUCAAUCAAAUGUAUUGAUUAAGCCCUUUUUACAUCAGCAGAUGUCACAAAGUGCUAUACAGAAAUCCAGCCUAAAACCCCAAACAGCAAGCAAUGCAGAUGUAGAAGCACUGUGGUUGGAAACACUCCCUAGAAAAGCAGGAACCUAGGAAGAAACCUAGAGAGGAACCAGGCUCUGAGGGGUGGCCAGAUGUUUGGACAUCUGGUGAUGUCAGUAGGACCAUCUAAUGGUAAGAGGUUUCAGUUUUUUUUCUAUACUGAGAUACAUAUCUGUUUGUCUAUGGCAGUGGUGUAAAGUACUUAAGUAAAAGUACUUUAAAGUACUACUUAAGUAGUUUUAUGGGGUAUCUGUACUUUAAUUUACUAUUUAUAUCUUUGCCAGCUUUUACUUUUACUUCACUAUAUUCCUAAAGAAAAUAAUGUACUUUUUACUCCAUUCAUUUUCCAUGACACCCAAAAGUACUCGUCACAUUUUGACAGGAAAAUGGUCCAAUUCACAUACUUAUCAAGAGAACAUCCCUGGUCAUUCCUACUGCCUCUGAUCUGGCGGCCCCAUACAAAACACAAAUGCUUCGUUUGUAAAUGAUGUCUCAGUGUUGGUGUCACGCCCUGGCUCUGGGGACUCUAAUAUGUUGAGCCAGGGUGUGUAAAGUCUAUGUGUGUUGUUCUAGGUUUCACAUUCUGGUAUUGUGGUUCUAUGUUGGCCAGUGUGGUUCUCAAUCAGAGGCAACGUGAUUCAGCUGUUGCUUGUUGUCUCUGAUUGAGAACCAUACUUUAGCAGCCUGUUUCCCCACAGAGUUUGUGGGAUCUUGUUUCGAGUCUGUUGUGUUAGACCGUGAACUGUCACGUUUUCGUUUUGUUGGUUUUGAUCGUGUCUCUAAUAAAGAGUAUGUUUGCCUGCAACGCUGCGCCUUGGUCCUCAUCUCUGUUCGACGAUCGUGACAGAAGAUCCCACCAAGACUGGACCAAGCAGCAAGUCCAGGAGCCAGCGCCUGAGAGAUCUCUAGCGGAUCUCCUUCGCCUCCUCGACUGGGUCAAGCCAUGUGAGGAAGAGAGGGGCUUGACGUGGAGGCAGAAGGGCGAAAGGCUGGCGAGAAGCAUGGAGACCUGGUCCACGGGUAAGAGUGAAGCCCAUACAUUUUUUAGGGGGGGGCUAACGCCGUGGACGACGGGGCAGCAGGAGGCCGCCAGGUUACGGGAGUCACUGGUCACCAGGGGGCAGGAGGAUGUAGAGGCACGGCGAGAGGUACUGGCGUUUGUUGCCAGUCCGGUCCGGCCUGUUCCUGAUCCCCACGUAGGGCCAGUGGUGUGUGUUCCCAGUACGGUCCGGCCUGUUCCUGCCACUCGCACCAAGUCUACGGUGCGCGUCGUCAGCCCAGCUCAGCCCGUUCCUGCUCCCCGCACCAAGUCAGUGGUGCGCUUCGUCAGCCCGGUCCGGCCCAUUCCUGCUCCCCGCACCAAGUCAGUGGUGCGCGUCGUCAGCCCGGUCCGGCCCAUUCCUGCUCCCCGCACCAAGUCAGUGGUGCGCUUCGUCAGCCCGGCACGGCCCGUUCCUGCUCCCCGCACCAAGUCAGUGGUGCGCUUCGUCAGCCCUGUCCGGCCCGUUCCUGCUCUCCGCACCAAGUCAGUGGUGCGCGUCGUCAGCCCGGUCCGGCCCAUUCCUGCUCCCCGCACCAAGUCAAUGGUGCGUUUCGUCAGCCCAGCUCGGCCCGUUCCUGCUCCCCGCACCAAGUCAGUGGUGCGCUUCGUCAGCCCGGUCCGGCCCCGCUCCUGCUCCCCGCACCAAGUCAGUGGUGCGUUUCGUCAGCCCGGCUCGGCCCGCUCCUGCUCCCCACACCAAGCCAGUGGUGUGCGUCGUCAGUCCGGCACGGCCCGUGCCUGUUCCACCGGUGGCUGGUCCGGCACCGGUCAGAUGCUUCACGCCGGAGCUAGAGCAAUCCGCUCCACCAGUGUGCAGUCCAGCUCCGGCCAGCGGGGCCAGACCGGACCAGGGGUACUUUGGGGGGUUGGAGAGGGAGCGGGGAUCAGGCCCGGAGCCGGAUCCGCCGCCUAAGCGGAGUGCCCACCCGGUCCCUCCCCUGUGGUGUUUGGUGGGCGCGGUCGGAGUCCGCACCUUUAGGGGGGGGGUACUGUCACGCCCUGGCUCUGGGGACUCUAAUAUGUUGAGCCAGGGUGUGUAAAGUCUAUGUGUGUUGUUCUAGGUUUCACAUUCUGGUAUUGUGGUUCUAUGUUGGCCAGUGUGGUUCUCAAUCAGAGGCAACGUGAUUCAGCUGUUGCUUGUUGUCUCUGAUUGAGAACCAUACUUUAGCAGCCUGUUUCCCCACAGAGUUUGUGGGAUCUUGUUUCGAGUCUGUUGUGUUAGACCGUGAACUGUCACGUUUUGUUGGUUUUGAUCGUGUCUCUAAUAAAGAGUAUGUUUGCCUGCAACGCUGCGCCUUGGUCCUCAUCUCUGUUCGACGAUCGUGACAGUUGGAGUGUGCCCCUGCUAUCCGUCAAUAAAAAUUAAAAAAUAGAAAAUUGUGCAGUCCGGUUUGCUUAAUAUAAGGAAUUUGAAAUUAUUUAUACUUUUACUUUUACUUUUGAUAAUUAAGUACAUUUGAGCAAUUCCAUUUACUUUUGAUAUUUAAGUAUAUUAAAUCCAAAUACUUUUAGACUUUUACUCAAGCAGUAUUUUACUGGGUGACUUUCACUUUUACUUGAAUAAUUUUCUAUUAAGGUAUCUUUACUUUUACUCAAGCAUGACAAUUGAGUACUUUUUCCUCUAAUGGUCUAUGGAGAUAACAACAACCUAGUGUUAUAAAUUGUGUGUAAUGAUGAGGGGGGGGGGGGGGUGCUCAGGAGUAUAUCUGUCAGUAAUAAAGCCCUUUUGUGGGGAUAACGUAUGCUGAUUGGCUGGGCCUGGCUUCCCAGUGGGUGGACCUGGCUCCCAAGUGAGUGGACCUUCCAGGCCCACCCCAUGGCUGCGCAGCCAUGUGAAAUCCAUAGAUUAGGGCCUAAUUAUUUUAUUUCAAUUGACUGAUUUCCUUAUAUGAACUCUAAGUCAGUACAAUCUUUGAAAUGUUUGCAAGUUGUUCAGUAGUUUGAGGGCUUAAUAAAAAAAAAAAAAACAAGCUAAUUGAAAAUGAUUUACUUGUCAAAAGAUCAGUUUGGCCAAUCGUAAUGUCACAAAGUGAAAUGGCAUUAAUAAUGUUUUAGCAAAGGAUUUACACUUAGUAUCACUAUCAACAAAACAGCAAUUUUUUUCUAUCCUCGGCAUGGAGACCUCCUGUGAUGCUACAUAGAACAUGUCGUGUUACAGAGCUCUGGGAGGAACUGUCUAUGUCCAGCUGAUGACUGAUGCACAGGAUCCAAACUCAAAUUAAAAAAAGACCCCACUGGUGCUAAUACAGAGAUAUACAAAAUAAUAAACAACAAAUUAAAGCAUAAAUGAAUUAAAGCCAGAUCAGAGUUCUUUAUCAAUAAUGGGACAUUUAAAAUAAAUAACACAGAGAGGAGUGAUUCUGCUAAAUAUUGUUUAGAAACCUUGAAUUCAGAUGGAAUGUACUUGGAGACCAGAGGAGUACAACUGAUCAUCGGACGUGAGGAGCUAAAAAAAUCACAUAUAUCUAUUUGCCAAAUAAGAUUAUUCCAAAGAAGCCAAAGGCAAUUUAUCUUGAAAGCUUGAAUGUUGUCAUGCAUGACUUGUGAGGAGGGACUGUGUCAAACAUGGAUUAAUUAAAAAAUAUUAUACUUUUUUUCAUUGGGGGUUAAAUGCACCUUUGAAGGCUUACAUACAGUAAUCCUCACCAUAUCAUGCAGGAGGAUCCUAUGGGUCUUUCAUAGGCUCACCAGUAGCUGUGGUCCUGGUCCUUGCAGUGGUGGUGGGAGCUUACUGUAUUGCCAAGAGGAGGACACCUCCACAGUCACCAGGUCAGUAAUGUGACAGUUUAACAAUCUAACACGUCUACAAAUGUCAAAGAUGGCUAUCAACACCGAUGGUAACAACACUCAGUCAGCUCAUGUGACUGUUGCUUCAGUGUUGUAGCUCACUUUAGAUGUUUUUUAUGUUGUGGUUUCGAGUUUGCAUUAGAGUAGGCCUAGAUACAUUUCGAUAGGCCUAUUUCCAGAUCUACAGUUUGGCCAAGUGCAUGUGAAGGAGGUGAAUGGAUGCUAUUUCUAACUCUGAAAAUCAACAUUAGAGCUUAUGUAGGCUGCUUACAUACUUCAAAUGUUAAAUGUCAAUAAAUGGUGUGUGCAGUAGCCUACCAUUUUUCCCCAAAACACUCAUGUCAACAUCUCCACACAGAUGCUGAUGAGAGUCCAGAACUGGAAUGUGCUGAUAUCACUAUUCGAAAAAAAAAAUCAAUUUUUAAAAUAUUUUAGUAAAAUUAAAAAGUGUUAAGUAAAAAAAAAAUGUGCGGGGGCACAUGUGGGCAGAGUUAAAGUUUCUUUAUGUGUCGAUUUACCCUCUUGUUUUACGCAUGAUAUACAGUAAGGAGCCUUGUAGAUAUCAUAUAGAGAGUGAACCACUUGAUCAAAGCUCUUUGUGGUAUACUAUAGGCUACCCAGAAUCACUUUUGUCAAAUUAAUACCUCUCAUAAUGACUAAUGAUAGAUACAGUGACAUUAUUCAAAAGACUGAAAAAGUCAGAGUUGUCUCGUUAUUCAUAGUCUUGUGAUAAUUAUAACUAACUGAGGUACUGUUAUGUUGCCUAAUAUCCUGAUUGUCGUUUGGUUAUACUGCUGCUUGCUUGUAUUCUCAUCCAUAAAAUUAUACCUUAAAACUACGACAGUGAUAUUCACUACAGUGUCUAUAUUCUUCUUGAUUUUCAGGCAUGGAGACCCCAUGUGAUGCUACACUGGAUGGAGCUCAGUGUUAUGGAGCUCUGGGAGGAACUGUCUCUCUCCAGCUGAUGACCAUUGUCAGUGGAGUCCCUGACAUAUUAUUAAAAACUGACUCCACUGAUGCUGCAAAAAUUAUACUCCAAAUUACAAACAAAAUGAAAAAAAUGAAAAUCCACAAAUCCAUUGAAACCAGAGCACACUUCUUUUUCAACAACGGAACAUUUAGGAUAGAUAACACAGAAAUAAGUGAUUCUACUGAAUAUAGGCUAGAUACAUUUAAUUCAGAUGGGGAAACAUUAGGGACAAGAAGACUACAACUGUUUAUUGAAGGUACAGUUAUUAGCUAAACCUUUAAAAUUAUCAUCUUGACAAAUCCUUAUUACUAACCAUAACUUGACUACAGAAGCCUCUGUGGCCUUCUAAUUCUAGAAGAAGUGUUGUUUUCUAAUGUGUUUAUGCGAAUGUCUGCAAAUGUCUACAGAUGUCUAUUCUUCUUCCUCCACAGCCCCAGUGUCCUCUCUUCAGCUGUCCUCUCAGUGUCUCACCCAUGGAGAGAUGAGGGUGACCUGCUCCUCUGAGGGGGAUGGUCCUCAGUACAGAUGGACUCUGGACAAACACCCACUGAGAGACACUGAGGCCUCUCCUGGUGACGAGACAAACACCAUCACACUGAAGAAAGGCCUGUCUGGAGAUCUCACUUGUACCGUCAAAAACAACAUCAGCAGUGUUACUGUGAGCAAAAUAAUCUCCCCCUGUGAGGGUAAGCUACUGUUUAAUGAAUUUUGUUAAACAUAAUGAUGAUGAUUAUAAUGAUGGUCAAUCUUUAUCAAUGGACAUUGACCUGUUUAGAAAGCACUACCCACUUGCCAGUAUUAAAUUCAGAUACAUAUAUGAUUCCUGUUUAUUUUGGAGGGCUUAUGCAUGUUAACUACACUUCCAACGGGACAAAGAUAUCAGAGCGGGUGAUUGCCGUUGGUAACACCUUGUGAAUUGAGCCUACAGCAGUGGCACCCACAACUGUGAUAAAGGCCUCCACCAGUCAAACAGAGGCAACCACAUGUAAGGGGUUUGAAACCAUAGUGACAUCCACUCUAAAUCGUCCCAAUCUAAAUCUUUGUCAUACUUCUGACUUAUUAUAAUUCUUUGUAAUACUAUUUUUCGUACACUGUUCAAGCUAGAAAUGCUAUUCAAACUUUAAAACGUACAGAUCAGUCUGGAAUAGUGUGCUUGUAUACAACCUUUAUAUAUAUAUAUACACUGUUCAAAAAAAUUAAGGGAACACUAAAAUAACACAUCCUAGAUCUAAAUGAAUGAAAUAAUCUUAUUAAAUACUUUUUUCUUUACAUAGUUGAAUGUGCUGACAACAAAAUCACACAAAAAUUAUCAAUGGAAAUCAAAUUUAUCAACCCAUGGAGGUCUGGAUUUGGAGUCACCCUCAAAAUUAAAGUGGAAAACCACACUACAGGCUGAUCCAACAUUGAUGUAAUGUCCUUAAAACAAGUCAAAAUGAGGCUCAGUAGUGUGUGUGUCCUCCACGUGCCUGUAUGACCUCCCUACAAUGCCUGGGCAUGCUCCUGAUGAGGUGGCGGAUGGUCUCCUGAGGGAUCUCCUCCCAGACCUGGACUAAAGCAUCCGCCAACUCCUGGACAGUCUGUGGUGCAACGUGGCGUUGGUGGAUGGAGCGAGACAUGAUGUCCCAGAUGUGCUCAAUUGGAUUCAGGUCUGGGGAACGGGCGGGCCAGUCCAUAACAUCAAUGCCUUCCUCUUGCAGGAACUGCUGACACACUCCAGCCAAAUGAGGUCUAGCAUUGUCUUGCAUUAGGAGAAACCCAGGGCCAACCGCACCAGCAUAUGGUCUCACAAGGGGUCUGAGGAUCUCAUCUCGGUACCUAAUGGCAGUCAGGCUACCUCUAGCGAGCACAUGGAGGGCUGUGCGGCCCCCCAAAGAAAUGCCACCCCACACCAUGACUGACCCACCGCCAAACCGGUCAUGCUGGAGGAUGUUGCAGGCAGCAGAACGUUCUCAAUGGCGUCUCCAGACUCUGUCACGUCUGUCACAUGUGCUCAGUGUGAACCUGCUUUCAUCUGUGAAGAGCACAGGGCGCCAGUGGCGAAUUUGCCCAACUUGGUGUUCUCUGGCAAAUGCCAAACGUCCUGCACGGUGUUGGGCUGUAAGCACAACCCCCACCUGUGGACGUCGGGCCCUCAUACCACCCUCAUGGAGUCUGUUUCUGACCGUUUGAGCAGACACAUGCACAUUUGUGGCCUGCUGGAGGUCAUUUUGCAGGGCUCUGGCAGUGCUCCUCCUGCUCCUCCUUAAACAAAAGCGGAGGUAGCAGUCCUGCUGCUGGGUUGUUGCCCUCCUACGGCCUCCUCCACGUCUCCUGAUGUACUGGCCUGUCUCCUGGUAGCGCCUCCAUGCUCUGGACACUACGCUGACAGACACAGCAAACCUGCACUACCUGAGCCACUUGUGUGGGUUGUAGACUCCGUCUCAUGCUACCACUAGAGUGAAAGCACCGCCAGCAUUCAAAAGUGACCAAAACAUCAGCCAGGAAGCAUAGGAACUGAGAAGUGGUCUGUGGUCAUCACCUGCAAAACCAGUCCUUUAUUGGGGAUGUCUUGCUAAUUGCCUAUAAUUUCCACCUGUUGUCUAUUCCAUUUGCACAACAGCAUGUGACAUUUAUUGUCAAUCAGUGUUGCUUCCUAAGUGGACAGUUUGAUUUUACAGAAGUGUGAUUGACUUGGAGUUACAUUGUGUUGUUUAAGUGUUCCCUUUAUUUUUUUGAGCAGUGUAUAUAUACUGUAUGUUAUACUUUUGAAACUUUUUGUCCUUCUUUUUGUCCUCCAGCCACUUUAAUGGGAUGUCCUCAACAUUCUAAAGGGCCCAAUGUGACAUCAUGACUUCCAAAAUUCUUAUUCUAUUCACUCUAAACAAUGUAACUUUUGAUGUAAAUCAGCUACUUUGACCACUUUCCCAACAACUUAGACAACUUAGAUAGCUUCUCUGCUAUUCAAAUCUGAAAUCAGAACAGAAUUACCUUCAACCGAUGAAUCAACACAGCUGUUUUAGUAACUGCUUCAACUACAUUUCCUCUCAGCUUUUACAAACAAUUUACAUUUUGACCACUUUUCCAUCAAGUUAGACAAAAACGUAGAGCAUAUGACAUCUCCGUCUCCUUCUCUGCUAUUCAAAUCUGAAAUCAGAACAGAAUUAUCUUCUACCGUUCAAUGACAGAGCUGUUUUUGUAAUCGCAUCAACUACAUUUUCUGUCAACUUUUGCCAACAAAAUACAUGUUGACCACUUUACCGACAAGUUAGCCAAUAGCUUAGAAGGUAUGACAUCUUGGUCUAUUUCUCUGCUAUUCUAAAUCUGAAAUCAGAACAGAAUGGUCUUCUGCCAAUCAAAAGUGACAGCUGUUUUAUUAAACGCAUCAACUACUUUUCGUGUGAACUUUUACAAACAACUGACAUUUUGACCACUUUCACAACAACUUAGACAAACACUUAAAACCUAUGAAAUCUUAAUCUACUUCUCUACUUUUAUAAUCUAAAAUCGCUUCGGGGACUUGCUUCCAUUCAGUGACAAGAGCAUUAGUGAGGUCGGUGCUGUGCGAUUAGGCCUGGCUCGCAGAUGGCUAUCCAAUUCAUCCCAAAGGAGUUCGAUGGGGUUGAGGUCAGGGCUGUUUGCAGGCCAGUCAAGUUCUUCCACACCAUUUCUCUAUGGACCUCACUUUGUGCAGAGGGGCAUUGUAAUGCUGAAACAGGAAAGGGCCUUCCCCAAACUGUUGCCACAAAGUUGGAAACACAGAAUUGUCUAGAAUUUCAUUGUAUGCUUUAGCAUUAAGAGUUCCCUUCUCUGGAAGUAAGGGGCCUAAUCCAAACCAUGACAAACAGCCCAGACCAUUAUUCCUCCUCCACCAAACUUUACAUUUGUCACUAUGCAUUGGGGCAGGUAGCGUUUCCCUGGAAUCCGCCAAACCAAUACUCGUCCAUCAGACUGCCAGAUGGUGACGCAUGAUUCUUCACUCUAUAAAAUGCCUUUCAGCUGCUCCAGAUUCCAAUGGCGGCAAGCUUUACACCAAUCCAGCAAUGGAAACCCAUUUCAUGAAGCUCCAGACGAAAAGUUAUUGUGCUGAUGUUGCUUCCAGAGGCAGUUUUGGAACUUGAUAGUGAGUGUUGCAACCGAGGACAGACCAUUUUUACGUGCUACGCGCUUCAGCACUGUUCCGUUCUGUGAGCUUGUGUGGCCUACCACUUCGCGUCUGAGCAGUUGGUGUUUCCACUUUACAAUAACAGCACUUACAGUUUACCGGGGCAGCUCUAGAAGGGCAGAAAUUUGAUGAACUGAGUUGUUGGAAAGGUGGCCUCCUACGACAGUGCCACGUUGAAAGUCACUGAGCUCUACAAUAAGGCCAUUCUACUGCCAAUGUUUGUCUAUGGAGAAUGUUUAAAGUAGCCACCCUUUGCCUUGAUGACAGCUUUGCACACUCUUGGCAUUCUCUCAACCAGCUUCAUGAGGAAUGCUUUUCCAACAGUCUUGAAGGAGUUCCCACAUAUGCUGGCACUUGUUGGCUGCUUUUCCAUCACUCUGCGGUCCAACUCAUCCCAAUCGGGGGAUUGUGGAGGCCAGUUUAUCUGAUGCAGCACUCCAUCACUCUCCUUGGUCAAAUAGCCCUUACACGGCCUGGAGGUGUGUUUUGGGUCAUUGUCCUGUUGAAAAAGAAAUGAUAGUCCCACUAAGCACAAACCAGAUGGGUUGGCGUUUCGCUGCAGAAUGCUGUGGUAGCCAUGAUGGUUAAGUGUGCCUUGAAUUCUAAAUAAAUCACAGAUAGUGUCACCAGAAAAGCACCCCCACACCAUCACACCUCCUCCUCCAUGCUUGAUGGUGGGAACCACACAUGCAGAGAUCAUCCGUUCACCUACUCUGCAUCUCACAAAGACACAGCGUUUGGAAACCAAAAAUCUCAAAUUUGGACUCAUCAGACCAAAGGAAAGAUUUCCACCGUUCUAUUGUCCAUUGUUCAUUUUUCUUGGCCCAAGCAAGUCUCUUCUUCUUAUUGGCGUACUUUAGUAGUGGUUUCUUUGCAGCAAUUCGACCAUGAAGGCCUGAUUCACGUAGUCUGCUCUGACCAGUUGAUGUUGAGAUGUGUCUGUUACUUCAACUAUGUGAAGCAUUUAUUUUGGCUCAAAGUUCUUGAAAUGUUCCGUAUUGACUGACCUUCAUGUCUUAAAGUAAUGAUGGACAUUUGUUUCUCUUUGCUUAUUUGAGCUGUUCUUGUCAUAAUAUGGACUUGGUCUUUAACCAAAUAGGGCUAUCUUCCGUAUACCACCCCUACCUUGUCACAAUACAACUGAUUGGCUCAAACGCAUUAAGAAGGAAAGAAAUUCCACAAAUAACUUUUAAGAAGGCAUACCUGUUAAUUUAAAUGCUUUCCAGGUGACUACCUCAUGAAGCUGGUUGAGAGAAUGCCAAGAGUGUGCAAAGCUGUCAUUAAGGCAAAGGGUGGUUACUUUGAAGAAUCUCAAAUAUAAAAUAUAUUUUGAUUUGUUUAACACUUUUUUGGUUACUACAUGAUUCCAUAUGUGUUAUUUCACAUCUUUGAUGUCUUCACUAUUAUUCUACAAUGUAGAAAAUUGUAAAAAAAAAAAAAAUAAUUGAAUGAGUAGGUGUGUCCAAACUUUUGACUGGUACUGUAAAUAGCAGUGAAAAGAAAGAAGCCUGUACAGAAUAAAAACAUUCCAAAACAUGCAUCCUGUUUUCAAUAAGGCACUAAAGGAAAACAGCAGAAAAAGUGGCAAAGAUAUUAACUUUAUAUCCUGAAUACAAAGUGUUAUGUUUGGGGCAAAUCCUGGCAAAAAACACAACACAUCACUGAGUACCGCUCUUUUUAUUUUCAAGCAUGGUGGUGGCUGCAUCGUGUUAUGGGUAUGUUUGUCAUCUGCAAGGACUACAGAGUUUUUUAUGAUACAAAUAAAUGUAAUAGAGCUAUGCACAGGCAAAAUCCUAGAGGAAAACCUAGAGGAAAUUCACCUUUCAGCAGGACAAUAACCUAAAACACUAGGCCAAAUAUACACCGGAGUUGCUUACCAAGACGACAUUGAAUGUUCCUGAGUGGCCUAGUUAUUCCAACAUGAAUUGACUCAGGGGUGUGAAUACAGGGGUGUGAAUAAUAAAUUCGAUAUUUCUGUAUUUCAUUUUCAAGAAAUUCGCAACAAUUAAAAAAAAAACAUGUUUUCACUUUGUCAUUAUGAGGUAUUAUUGUGUGUAGAUGGGUGAGAGAGAAAAAAAUGAUUUCAUCAGUUUUGAAUUCAGGCUGUAACACAACAAACUGUGGAAUAAGUCAAGGGGUAUGAAUACAUUCUGAAGGCACAAUUGUAUAGUUAUCUGGUUUGUUGUAUACUUGUUUGUAUCUCAGAAGACCAGAACCUUAAUAAUAAUCACCAUAUUUACUUUACAAACACUAUGUCACGACUUCCGCCGAGACUGCCUUCCCUCCUUGUUCGGGCAGGUUUCGGCGUUCGUCGUCACCGGCUUACUAGCUACUGCCGAUCCCAUUCUCAUCACUCCACUUGUCAUGUCUUGUCUUGUCAAUCACACACACCUGGUGCUCAUUCCCCUAAUUAGUAUGGGUAUAAGUGUUCCCUCUGUUCCCCUUGUCUUUGUGAGUGAUUGUUUAUUGUGAGAGCGAGUAGCUCGGUUUAGCUACUCUUCCAUGUGUAUUUGCCAAGGUGGAUUAUUUUCCCUUGUUUGUUUAGUUUUGACGCUGGGUGCGUUUUAUUUAUGUGAACGGAAUCAACUCUGGACUUCGGUGUUUUACCUCCUGCGCCUGACUCCUUCAUUCACACCACAUCACAGAAUCACUCACCCGCUGAAUGGAGUCAGCAGGAGAAGACCGCAUGCCAGGAGUUGUGGCAAGGGUCAAGGAGCAUUCCUCGAUGCUGGCCAGCUUGGGGGAAGCGAUGGAUCAGGUUCUUCAGGUAGUAGAACGCCUGGAGAGGAGAGGACCCGAUCUAUCGAGACCAGCUGGUCAACCGGAUCCAGCCACCUACACCCCAGCCCCUGGAGGGAUCCAGAUAUCCCGGCCACCGGCGUUUGAUGGGACGGCUGCGCGAUGUAAGGGAUUUCUGCUCCAGCAUCAGGCCGGCGCCACUGGAGCGGGAGAGGGUAUCCGUCCUCGUUUCCUGCCUUUGUGGGAGAACCCUGGAGUGGGCCAACGCGGUGUGAAACGAGGGAGGUGCCGCGUUGGAGGACUACGGGGAGUUUGCUCACCUCUUUCGGGCCGUUUUCGAUCACCUGCCUGAGGGUCGAGAGGCGGGCGAACGACUGGUCCAUCUGAGGCAGGGGACGAGGACCGCACAGGACUACGCGUUAGAAUUCCGGACACUGGCAGCGGGGUCCGGGUGGAACGAGCGGGCCCUGAUCAACCAUUUCCUGUGCCACCUAAGGGAGGAUGUCCGACGGGAGCUAGCCUGCCGUGAUGCCAUGCUAUUGUUCUCCCAACUGGUGGACAUGGCCAUCCGGUUGGACAAUCUGCUAGCAGCCAGAGGACGUCCUGGUAGGGGUCUGCCCGUUCCCACUCCAGACGACUCUGACCCCGAGCAGAUGGAGCUGGCUUUUCUUCAAGACAUUACAAUAUUUGGUUAGCUCCUCUGAUUAACUUAAAGUAAAGCAUAUAUGAUUUCACUAUAUGUCAGUCUCAAUCAAAGUAAGUUAAGCUAAAAUAACAAAUUGAGAAGAGGAUGUUGAGAAAUAAAGAUAAUGAUGUUUCUAACAAAGUGUUGAUAAUGUAAUGUAAUGUUGUGUAAUAUGCUGUCAUGCCUAAUCCCGUUCCCUCUCUCCAGAGCUCAACGUCGCCAGUCUACUAACCACCGGUCCUGGCAACCCACAUUAUGCGCACCUGGCAACAUUCAUUAUGCACACCUGCUCCCCAUCGUUAUGCACACCUGGACUUCAUCAUCACCUUGAUUACUCUCCUUUUAUUUAGCCCUCAGUAGCCUCAGUCUUCAGGCAGUAUUGGUUUUGUUCACGUUCAGUAUGUGUUUUCUGUUUUGUUUAUCUGCUUAUUCUCAUUAUUAAACUCACCUUCUGCACCUGCUUCCUGACUCCUAGCGUAUAUGUUACAGAAUACUGCCUCAGAAAAAUAAUGGAAGCAGCAGAAGUUACACCAUCUUCCGGACGGUCGAGGAACAGGGUCAUCUACUCCACCAACACCACGACCAGCUAGCUCUACUGGUUACGACCAUGAACGAGGUCCUCUGCAUUCUCCCCCGCCUCGACACCACCAGUGAGGUUCUCCAUACAUCUACCCAGCCGCCCGACUGUCCCUUCCGGAAUAGUAGAACGGUACUCCAUCGAAAUGCCGUGGCUUACUACUCCAGGGCUCCAUCUAUUUUGCCUAUCAGACGGGAGUCCCACCACCGAGAGGUCCAAGGUUGCCACGGUCAUUUCCCUGCUGACCGGACGUGAUUUGGUGUGGCCUACGGGCGUCUGGGAGAGAGGAGAGGAGGAGUUGGGUUCAUGGCUUUGUUCAGGGCGGUCUUCGACCGUCCUCCAGAAGGCAGAGAGGGAGGUGAGCGACUUUUCCAACUUCAGCAGGGUGCCCAGACCGCUGCGGAGUAUGCCCUCACCUUUCGGACUGUGGCAGCCUCCAGUGGAUGGAAUGAGCCGGCGCUCCACAAUCUAUUCUGCAGUGGAUUGCGCAAGGAGGUCCAGACGGAGUUAGCAUGUCGAGAUGACAACAUAUCCUUGGAUGCUCUCAUCGCGAUGGCCAUCCAUAUGGAUAACCUUCUUCGGGAGCGCCGGUGUCCACCUCGCCACUCGCCUCCCUGCUUUGGCUGUCCUGAGGCAGAGCCUGAACCCAUGGAGGUAGGGGCCACACACCUCUCCGUUGCAGAGCGGCGUCGCCGGACAUAGCUGGGGCUCUGUCCCUAUUGCGGCCAAGAGGGGCACUAGCUUCAGCGGUGUCCUGUGCAUCCCAACCCGGGGUCCACUAGAGCAGAGGGGCAGCCCUGUGACCUUCCGCCUCCCAGGGUAGGCGUGAGUAUUCCUUUAUCAUCGUUUUCCGCCAAACCCUUUCUGCUUCCCAUUUCGCUGGCUGUCCCUCAAGUGUUGUCUUUACAGCUCUAGUGGACUCCGGUGCCACUGGGAACUUCAUCAACCAGGCCCUCGCCUCCUCCCUGAACUAAACUUCAUACCCCCUCUCCUUUCCUUUUCCUGUCCAAGCCCUGGAUACACGGCCAUUGGGAUCCUGCACAAUCACAGCACCACUCACCCUCACCGUGGGACCCAUGCAACAACAAAAACGUCCCUUCCUCAUCACCACUGCACACAUACAAAAAGUCAUCCUCGGCCUCCUGCGGCUCCAAUUUCAUAACCCCACCAUCUCCUGAUCAAGGUCCAGAGGAGCGCUGUUGGGUCCAGAGGAGCGCUGUUGGGUUCCGGCGGCCGCCAUCCUGGACCCCAACAUUGUCCUGGAUUUCCAUCUCCGCCGUCCGGACUGGCCUGCUCCUCGCCCCCGGGGCUGUCCUCCUGGCUGGUGUCGUCCUGCGACUCGAGCCGCGUGUCAAAAGAUCAGUUUGGGCAAUCAUAAUGUCACAAAGUGAAAUGGCAUUAAUAAAGUUUUAUCAAAGGAUUUAGACUUAUUAUCACUAUCAACAAAACUUUUUUCUAUCCUCAGGCAUGGAGACCUCCUGUGAUGCUACAUAGAACAUGUAGUGUUACUGGAGCUAUUGGAGGAACUGUCUAUCUCCAUGGAAAUAUAUGGACAAAUGUUUUUUGGGGGUUAAAUGCGCCUUUGAAGGUUUACAUACAGUAACCCAGAUCUACAGUUUGGCCAAGUGCAUGUGAAGGAGGUGAAUGGAUGCUAUUUCUAACUCUGCAAAUCAACAUUAGAGCUUAUGAAGACUGUUUACAUACUUCAAAUGUUAAUUGUCAAAAAGUGAUCUGUGCAGUAGCCUUCCAUUUUUUUCCACAAACAUCUCCACACAAAUGCUAAUGAGAGUCCGGAACUGGAAUAUGCUGACAUCACUAUUCGAAAGAAGAGGGAGAAACAGAGGGAGGUUUCAGAGGAGAUGGUGUAUGGACAAAUUGUAGUGCUGGAGGGGGCCAGACCAAACACUGAGAGA